CGCAGCCGUGCUUCGCAGUGGCACCAAACUCGUCGCACUUUGUCGGGUCCUUACUUGUUACACCCCGAUGCUGGGCAACCAUAUCACAUUACGAACGCCACCACCGACUCACAUCCCGUUCCACAGAUCCCUCCCGUUUGCUGCUGCCGAUGCUCUCAAUUUUGUCGGCGUACUCGCACAACCGUUUCCGGAAUUGCAAUGCUAGGAACGAUAUUAAUAGCCCAAACACUUGUCUGCUUGUGUUGCUUAAAACGAGGCGUCAUGACCGACGAAGCUCCUCUCAAGCCAUUGACUCCAAAUCCCCCGUCCGCCAAGAAUCCCCACGACGAGGAGGCAGGCGAUGACGUGCACGCCCCGCUCAAGGCCGCCACCUCCCACGGCCGGCGGGACUCGCUCACGCACAUGAAGACGUUUGCCAACAUCACGAUCACCAAACCCAUCAUGCCCAUGCUCAAGUCGUUGAAAGAAGCCCCGAAUUUCCGCCACUCGUCGUUCUUUGAGACGUCCACCGUGAACAAGAAGCACGACGAAGCUGGCCACAAGCGCCUGAAUCAAUACAUCCUCUACGACGUCAUUGGGCAAGGAGCGUUUGGCAAGGUCCGAAAAGCGUACUGGCCCGAGCGUGAAAAGUACUACGCGGUCAAGAUCAUCAACAAAAAGCACGUGCGCCGGUUGUCGCGAUCGAAGAGGGGGCCAGGGGGCGACGGGCUUGAAACCAUUCGCAAGGAGUUUGCCAUUUGGAAACAACUUGUCCACCCAAACAUUGUCAAACUCAAAGAAGUCAUCGACGCCCCGCAAAGCGAAAAGAUGUACAUGGUCAGCGAAUUGAUUGAAGGGGGUUGUGUGGUCGACGGCGAGACAACUUGUACACCUCUCGAGGAAGAGCAAGCGAAACGCUUCUUUUGCCAACUCAUUGAAGGCAUCGACUUUUUGCACUUUCACAAAAUCAUCCACCGAGACGUCAAGCCCAGCAACUUGCUCUGCGGAAGCGACGGCGUGCUCAAGAUCACCGACUUUGGCAUGUCGCAUGUGUUUGAGGACGAAAACGACGACUUCCGACAGACCGUCGGCACCGGACCGUUCCUUGCGCCGGAAAUGCUCACUGGUGGCAAGUUCAAAGGAAGGCCCGUGGACAUUUGGGCUUGUGGCGUGACCUUGUAUAUGUUUGUGUACGGGCACUUACCGUUCCAAGCUGACAGCCUCCCCGACUUGUAUGACAAAAUCAAGAGCCAUCCCGUGGCCUACCCCACGGACGUUAACGGUCGCCUAGUGGACGCCGAUUUGAUCGACCUGUUAAAAGGCAUCCUGCAUCGAGACCCCGACACACGGCUGACCACCAGUGGAAUUCGGGCCCACAAAUGGACCCAAGCGAUGUUUAAUCGGGUUGCGAGUGUAGUCACUAUGGAGCCGAUUUCGCUGACCCCGGAGAGCAUGAUCUCGGCGAUUUCGCCCAUUCAUUUGUACGAGCGAUUGCAUCAAAAGAUCAAGGCUCUGGUCAUGGCCAAUAAAUUGGGUCAAGGGAUGCAAAAGCAUGAGCGCAUCUCGUUGCCGACGUUGGCUAGUCCUGACAAGGCCACGGACGACCACACACCGCAUGUAAAGGCAGGAGUCAGCUCCCCACAAGAAGUUCCCUCUGCACCCAAGCCCACAGCUUCGCACUCGUCUCAGAAUCCGUCUCCACGCUCGUCGUUUGUAAAGAGUGGAGGGGGGGCGACCCCUCCAGAAGGAUCCAAGCACCCCGUUGUGGUGGUGCUGAAGGACACGAUUGUCUUAGACAACGACGACACGACCAACCAAGCGACCGCAUCGUUGAGUCCAGCCCAAAGUGCUUCAAAACUGGCCGCGGCAACCAUAUCCUCACUCGUGGUGAGUGAGCCCGUAGGCUAACGACUGUAGAACAUCAGCAUGUGGAUCAAAAAUUCUGAAACUAAAUUAACGACAACUGGGGGUUUGUUCGCACAAUCCAAUGUGUUUACGAACGGGGAGGGUCCUUCUUAGACGGUGAUAGCUUGAACGGCAGCCCCAGUUUCUUGGGCGACAAGGUGAACA